GUAUCAGGUGAAGAUGGGCUGGUCUUGUUUACUUCCGGUUGUAGGUGUGUGGUUUCCGGCCGUUAGAGGGCAGCAGCGACACUCUCAACCUCUCAUCACGGCUGACCCGCGCAACCAGCCGGAGACAAGCAAACAAGUAAAGGCAACAAACACCGGAGAUACAUGAUGAGUGUUGACGUGAAGAAACUGAAAGUGAACGAACUGAAAGAGGAGCUCCAGCGCCGCGGCCUGGAAACCAGAGGCCUGAAGGCUGACCUGGUGGAGAGGCUGAGAGCCGCGCAGGAGGCGGACGCUCAGGGUGAUACCUCAGAGCCUGGGGAGAAGGGAGAGAAGGAGGAUGAUUACUGCCAGGAUAACGACAACGACGAUGAUGGAGAGGAUGCAGAGGAUGCCCAAGAGCAACAAGGUGAAGAAGUAGCUGAGGAUUAUGGUGAAGAUGAGGGCGAGGGUGAAGAUGAGGGCGAGGGUGAAGAUGUUGUCGAGGCUGAAGGUGAAGGCGAUGGUGACGAUGAUGCCGAGGAUGAUGGCGAGGCUGAUGGCGAGGCUGAUGGUGAUGGUGAAGCCCCUCAAGAGGAAGAUGAGGGUCGAGAUUCAGGUGGUUACUACGAGGACGAGGAGGCAGAAGGCGAGCCUUAUGAAAGUCGACAAACUUCAGACUCAGGUCACAGCAUGCCUGACUUCACAGCAGAUGUUGAUAUCCAGAAAUCCGAGAUGAUGUCCGAGGAAGAGACCAAGCCUGUGCUGGAGCCAGAGGAGACAGCUGAGAACAAAUCAGAAGUCAAAGUGGAGGUCAAAAUGGAAGAUGAACCCGAGCCUGCUCGAGACACACAGGAGGAUAGUCGUGGGACAGAACCUCAGGGCGAGGGGGAUGGAGCAAGUCGGGCUGAGCAAGUCAAAGCAGAAUCUGAUAGAAGUGGACACUACGGCCGCAAGAGACCAUAUGAAGAGGGCCGGAGCUACGGCUACUAUGAGCACCGCGAGGAGAAGAGAUCCCGCACACCACAGCCCCCUGCUGAAGAUGAGGAAGAGAACAUAGAUGACACUCUUGUAACAAUUGAUACAUACAACUGUGAUCUGCAUUUCAAAGUGUCCCGAGAUCGCUACAGUGGUUAUCCACUGACCAUCGAAGGCUUCGCUUACCUGUGGGCUGGAGCACGAGCUACACAUGGUGUCACCGAGGGCCGCGUGUGUUAUGAGAUGAAGAUCAAUGAGGAGAUUCCUGUAAAGCACCUGCCCAGUAGUGAGCCAGAUCCCCAUGUGGUCAGAAUUGGAUGGUCAAUCAACCACAGCAGCACUCAGCUUGGUGAGGAGCCAUUUUCCUAUGGAUAUGGAGGAACAGGAAAGAAAUCCGCUGACUGUAAGUUUGCAGACUUUGGCGAGAAGUUUGGUGAAAACGACGUCAUCGGCUGUUACAUUGACUUUGACAGUGGUGACCAGGUGGAGAUCAGCUAUUCCAAGAAUGGAGUGCCAUUGGGAGUGGCUUUCCAGACAACCAAGGAGGCGCUGGCAGGCCGUGCCCUGUUCCCUCACGUCCUGGUGAAGAACUGUGCUGUUGAGUUUAACUUUGGACAGAAGCCGCAGCCGUACUUCCCCCCUCCAGAGGGAUACACCUACAUCCACGAUCUCGACAUGGAGCACAAGAUCAGAGGCACUAAGGGACCUGCCAUCAAAACUGAUUGCGAGAUCUUGAUGAUGGUCGGCCUGCCUGCCUGUGGAAAGACCACUUGGGCCAUGAAGUUUGCAGAGUCUAACCCUGAGAUGAAGUACAACAUCCUGGGAACAAACGCCAUCAUGGACAAGAUGAAGGUGAUGGGUCUGCGUCGCCAGAAAAACUACUCGGGGCGCUGGGAUGUUCUGAUCCAGCAGGCCACCCAGUGUCUGAACAGGCUGAUCGAGAUCGCUGCCCGCAAGAGACGCAACUACAUCCUAGAUCAGACAAAUGUAUAUGGAUCAGCAAGGAGACGAAAAAUGCGUCCUUUUGAAGGUUUUCAACGCAAGGCUAUUGUAAUUUGUCCCACGGACGAGGAUUUAAAAGAACGAACAUUAAAGCAAACCAAUGAGCAGGGGAAGGAUGUGCCCGAUCAUGCUGUUUUAGAAAUGAAAGCCAACUUUACUCUCCCCGAGGCUUGCGACUUCCUGGAGGCGGUGACGUUUGUUGAGCUCAAGUGCGAUGAGGCUGAAAGUCUGCUGAAGCAGUACAAUGAGGAGGGCCGCAAGGCUGGCCCGCCCCCUGAGAAACGCUUUGACAACAGGCAGGGCGGGUUCCGCGGCCGGGGCGGCAGCGCUGGCGGCGGCGGCGGCGGCGGUAGCUUCCAGCGGUACGACAACCGCGAUGGGGCCCGCGGCAGCUACCAGAACCGCAGUGGAGACAGUGGCAGUGGAUACAGAGGAAGCUACAAUCGUGGCAGCUAUAACCAGAGCCGUUGGAGCAACCGCGACGGAGGCUCUGAUUCACGCGCCGGGUAUAACCGCAGCCAGCCGUCAGGAGCAAGCUACAAUCGCCCGGUCCCUUACACCAAGGCAGCAUACAGCCCGGGCUACAGCCAGAGCUACAGUCAAGGGUACAACCAGGGCAGCUACAACCAGAAUUACUACGGCAACUACAGUCAGUACCCAGGAUACAGCCAGAGCUACAGCCAGACGCCCGCCGCUGCACAGACGUACAGCCACCACCAGCAACAGCCAGCGCAGCCACCGCAACAGCAGCAGCAGCAGCAGCAACAGAGCUACAACCAGCAAUAUCAGCAGUACGCUCAGCAGUGGCAGCAGUACUACCAGAACCAGAACCAGUGGAACCAGUAUUACAGCCAGUACGGCGGCUACCCUGGACAGGGCAGCCAAGGCUCAUCUUCCGGUUCCCAGUAGCUUCGCUCCGCAUCUGUACCUGCAUCCACCCGUGUCCUAAACACUCUGACCUCUGCAGCAAAUGGAUUUUGUACAGCCUCACAUUAAGUCCCCAACCAUAACUGUCUCUGUCUGGGUUAACACAGUAGCCUUCAUUCCUCACCAAUCAAUGUACACACGAACUGUAUACAGGUUGAUGUCUUUUCAAGUUUUUUUACUGAAUGAAGUCUUACUCUAAGCAGUGACUGUGAGGUGGUAGAUGAUAGGUAUCAAAACAUUUAAUGAAUGUUAUCCAUUAUGCAUUCAAUGUGGACGUCUGUCGAACCGCAAACUCCACAUUUCCUACAGAUUCAAAGAGGUAAUUGUAUAUUUCUAGGAUGCGUAGCGUGAAAACGUGACAGGGCAGGAAAAAUACAGCAAGGCCUGAAUAAUUGCUUGUUUUGAGAAGCUUAACAAAGAACAAAAUGCAUGCUUUUUACCUUCACACACCUCCCACCCCCCCACCCUCCUCUGUCUUGCUCUUUAUUUUUCAGUUUCCGAGUGAGCACAUUUUAUUUACUCCCGAUAGAAUUCAAACAUUAUGGAACAUUUUUUUAUAGGUGUUGAUACUGUAGUAUUUAAGCGUUAAUUCAAGUCUUUGAUUGAGAAGAAUAUUUUGCCACUCUGAGUAGUUGUAUGUGCAGUUUUCUUUUUUUAUCCCUUUGUGAUUGAUGUUCAUUGAGUCCAGUAGUUAAAUCCAGAUGUUAAACUCAUUUUUUUCUACCUGAAAAUGAAAAUCUGAUAAUGACCCCGUUACCCAUGCUGUCUUCUUGUCUUUAUACAAUAAAUGCAAUUGUAUACGCCUGGA